CAUCAUGUGGCAACAUUUCCUGGAGGCAGGCCAAACAUAGACAAAGCUUGAUCCUACCAUCGACCUUGCGAGUGGAUGAGCCCGCCAAAAAUGCGUUCUGGCAGGUACCUCCGUUGUUCGAUGUAUCGGCGCUCUCUCGGAUGCUUUCCCAGAGAAUCUCGCGAAGAAGCACCGGCUCUAGCACGUAUGAAGCGCUAUGCGAUGUCAGUCAAGGGAUGCUGGCCUCGGGCACCCUACCGAGAAUCGAUUGAGCCACGAAUGGCUAUCGCAUACUACUCUGGGGCACUAGAAAGACCGCCUAACUGCCAUCGCGACGCGUUCUAGGCCAAGCAACCUUUGAUCCUUGCUUACACAUCCUUGAAUGCCGUCCAGUUCGGCAAGGGCUGGAGGACGCGUCCCGGAUCCGAAUGAACACGUAGACGGGUGGUGACGCCAUGGCUGUACUCCUGCGCAACAUGACAGAGA